UCUGCACAUAUCAAAGGAGGGGAGGACUCAGUGAUCGCAAUUAAUUCUGAGGGUCCUAUCUUCAUUCACGAUUUAAAUCACUGCGUUCUAUUGUUGAAGUGCCAUCAAUUACGUCUUCAUAACAUACAUAACUGUUUGAUUCUUGUUGAGGUGGGCAAUGAUCGUGUUGUUAUUGAAAAUAGCAAUGGUUUAAGGAUUGGAUCUUACCCAACCAGUAAAAAGAAAGGGUUCCAACUGGCAAGGGACAAAAUUGAAGUUGACGAUUUCAACUGGCCUACAAAAUUGGAAAAAAACAAUAACUAUGACUACUUGAGUAAA